CGUGUGUCGCAUCUGUUCCGACGUGGUUCGACGUCGGACUGUCGUAGUCGGACACGAGCGGGAGUGGAAAUGUUCCGGGGAGACGUGCGCUCCUGAGUGUCGUGGCAUCGCUCUCGGCUGCAAAAUGCUCGCGAGGCGGUAGUAGUAUAUAUCGGCGAUAAUGAACAAGAACAUGAAUUCACCGUCGAAGCUCACGGAGUUCGCUCCGUUGAGCCCCGAGGAGAGCCAGCCCGUCGUAGCCUCGCUCUUCUCCAAAUUCUUCAGCUUCACCAGGAAUAGCGCUAACGAUUCCACGGUGUCCUCCAACAACGACGAGCGCAGCUCCUCCGACUCGGAGUCCUGGAAGCAGUCGGAGAGCACGGAGCAAACCCCCGACGACGAUAGCGGUAGUAUAAUAAACUUUCCGCUGGACACCAGCGAGGGCCGUAGCCUACCAAACGUCCUGAAGCGCAUCAGUAAUAUCGUAGCGUUAAAAAGUAACAAUCUACGUUCGUACAAGGAUUCGCAGUUGAGAAGCUACUGGAUGCCAGAUAGCGUGAGCAAACAGUGUUACGAGUGCGGCGAGAGAUUUACGACGUUUCGGCGCAGGCAUCACUGUCGCGUAUGCGGACAGAUCUUCUGCUCCAAGUGUUGCUCCGAUCAGAUACCGGGGAAAAUCAUGGGGUGCACUGAUCUUAGAGUUUGUACAUAUUGCUGUAAAGUAGUUCUUUCUUACUUGCAAUCGUCGGACAUGAGGAGCGACUUGUCGGCGGAUUUGAAGGCCGUGCAGGAGGACCUUCAGGUGAAGUACGGAAAUGACUCGCCGCUGUUAGCGCGGAAACACGCUAACGAAGCUAUAGGCGACGAAACGUCGAUAUGUCGGAAGCCAAGCGUGGGAUACAUGGAGGAGAAUUAUGCGACUGAGCGGUCGAGCGGUAGCUAUUUAACGUCGCAGGAACGCUCCCUCGUGUUACAAAAUUCGGCUUCUCUAAGGAUGAUCUGGGAGGAAUUGUUCCGCUCCAGUCAAGCCAUCCAGUUGCAGACCCAUAGGAUCCGACUGAAGAGCUAUCACAAUUGUUUCCUGGCGAACGAAUUGGUGAAUUGGAUGAUCGUGCAGAAUAAAGCGGCAACUCGCGUUCAGGCGACUGCGAUCGGCCAAGCGUUGCUGGAAGCGGGUUUCAUCGAAUCGGUUGUACCUGAUUACGUGUUCAGCGAUUCGGCGAUCAUAUUCAGACCGGUACCGUUGUCCUCCUUGCAGAACAUAGACUUGUUGACGGAAAAACGGACGACUUGCGACGCGCAAGAACCGGCCUGGGUAAAAACCAUUCCUCAGCAUGAUUCGGCUACGGAUUCCGAGAGCGAGACCAGACCGAUGAGCUCGCACUCGCAGACCUUCGGCCGUUUGCCGUCGUCCAGCUCGAGCUUUUAUCUGGACUUGAAUCUGGAGGCGUCCACCGUCACGUUAAAGAGACCGACCUCGGAGGAUUUAACCGCGAUCUCCGUCGACAGCAGCGACGGAAUAAUCGAGCAGAAGGAAAUCAAUCUCAAGUUGCACGACUGCAAUCUCAAAAUGUGUGACGAUCUUUUAAGUGAUACCCUACAAGUGCACGAGUUCAAGGAGAAAAACGGUUGGCACCGAGCGACUAAUCUGAGAACAGCCUUCGGCGAAUUAAGCGCGUACGAGUGUUUAACGUCUGCGUAUACGGCGCAUGAAGAUUCUCUUAUUAAGCAACUUCUUAGCAAGGAAGGCUUGUCACAAACGUGGUCGAAUACGAUUCUGUCUAUCGCGCAUCAGAUAGUCGAUCACGUUAGACCGGAUCUGAAUCACGACGCGGACAAUCUGGACAUCCGACAGUACGUGCAGUUUAAGAAGUGUCCCGGUGACAGCAGAGACGACUGCGAGAUCGUGUCCGGGAUAAUUUGCAGUAAGAAUAUCGCUCACCGCGGUAUGAACGCCAUGAUCGCUAAUCCGAAAAUCUUGCUGUUGCAAUGCGGAUUAAUGUAUCAGCGUGUGGAGGGCAAGCUGAUAAGCCUGGAGCCUGUAAUGCUGCAGGAGAACGAGUAUCUGGGGCACACAGUGGCGAGAAUCACCGCUCUGGGCCCGGAUGUAGUGCUAAUACAUCGAUCCGUGGCCCGAUUGGCUCAGGACAGACUGAGGGAGUGCGGCGUGACAUUGGUGCUGAAUGUGAAGCUCAGCGUACUGAAGAGAGUCGCGCGAUGCACGGGCGCCAGUAUUGUAAACACCAUAGACGCGCACAUAAGCGCGAGAUAUAUGCUUGGCACGUGCAAGAAAUUCUAUUUAAGAAAUUUUCCGGAUGAACGAAGAGGUGUCAAGACGCUGAUGUAUUUCGAGGGCUGUGCAAAUCCGCAUUUAGGCGCGACGAUCGUAUUGCGAGGCGGCUCGCGGUCCGAAUUAAAGAAGGUGAAAAACGUCACGGCGAUGAUGAUCUUCGCGGCUUACUCGUGGCGCCUCGAAAAGUCAUUCCUCAUGGACGAGUUCGCUAAACCGCCGUCACCCAAGGACAACUCGUUUCUGGACGAAACGUCGCAAAAGGAUUUCACGAAUGGCGAGGAGAUCGAGAAGCUCGAGAGCAGCGUUACCGACGAGCACGCGAUCGACGCGAAGAAACCGUCAAAAAUAAAUCAAAGUCACGAAAUUAUUCCUAAUAGUGAACAAAAAUUACAAAAUAUCCAGACAAAUAAUUCAAGUAUGCCUGUAAAGAAUGAAAACGUUGACUCUGAGAACAUUUUAAGUGCAAAUUCUCUGAGAGAAGUUUCGUCGAUGUUAUCGGAGGAUCCUUACGACACUUUAAAGUUGUUUAAGGCGAAAUUAAAGCCAUCUCUGCACGAUUCGAAGAAUGCCGCGCCAGUGUCCUGCGAGAGCGAUACCGUUUCACACAACGACGAUAAAUCUAAAGAUUUGAAUACCUCGGGCACUGAUUCCGAUAUCGCGGAGGUGUGUAACAACAUCACAGAACUGUUCGCGAGCAAGGACGCGUGCGUCGAGCAGAAGACCGACGAGCUCGACAAGGCGAAGUUAAAAGACAGGAUAUCAUCCGAAGAGAAGCGUAUCUACGGGGAGUCCAUAAGCGAUCGGAGCGAUCCGUUGCAUCAGUAUUUGAACGAGGACGACGAGGAUGUGUUUAAUCGCACGAGUCCGAGCGGUCAGCGUCUGAGCGUCGCCGAUUUUCCGCUGUUCAACAAAUUCAAGAAGGCGCUCGAGGACACGGUGCUGAGCGUGUCGCCGUAUUUGAAAUUCUCAAUACCCUACCUGGAAACCGAACCCGGGCGGAACUGCGUGCUGAGAAGCUUCUUCCCGCGUGAGAUCUACUACUCGGCGCAAUUCUUGGACAACGUCAAGGAGACCAGGACGAACAGCGUGACCGCGAGCGAGCCGUUGGCGUCCGAGGGUCGCGAGUGGAUGAACGUCAAGCUGAGGCCGCAGCAUCCGUUCGUCCAGGCUCGUCUGACCACGGACGCCGACGGUCGCGACGUGCAGAGCCUGCUGGCGAACUUCCGCGCGUGCGGCAACAGACUUUAUCCGACGCACAACGUGUUGCUGGACAGGACGAUGUUGCAGCAGCAGCAGUCACCGGUCGCGUCGUUCGAGAGCAACGAGCAGCCGAUGCCGUCCUGGCCGGAUUGCCUGGACCCCAGCAGCCACCAACGCCUGUCCGUUCUGUUCUGCAGCUUCUCGCACACCGGCAACGACACGCCGGCGUUCUGCGUGAAUCCCUGGGUGGUGAACAUGACGAUGUACGGCCAGAACGACAUCGCGCUCGGCCGCUUCCUGGAGCGUUACUGCCUGACGACGGAGUACAGGUGCCCGGCGCAGAACUGCCGCGCGCAGAUCGCCCAGCACGUCAGGCGCUUCGCGCACGACGGCGGCUGCCUGCACAUCAGCCUCAGCGAGAUGAGCUGCGAGCCGUUCGUGCAGGAGGACGCCGAUCAGAUCCUGAUGUGGAGCAAAUGCGUCAGGUGCAAGAGCGUGUCGCCGGUGGUGCCGAUGUCGGGCGACACGUGGUGCCUGUCGUUCGCCAAGUACCUCGAGCUGCGCUUCUACGGCGGCGUCUACGCGAAGCGCGGCAUGGACGCGUGCCAGCACUCCCUGCACCACGAUCACUACCAGUACUUCACGCGCAGGAGCAUGCUGGCGGUGUUCAAGUUCACCAAGAUCUCGCAGUGGGAGAUCUCGCUGCCGCCGCCGUUGAUCAACAUCAUCUACGAUUCGAAGCAGCACGCCAAUCUGAUCGAGGAGAUGAAGAGCGUGACGUUGAAGGGCGACGAGGUGUUCACGGCGAUACGGGAGAAGCUGACGAGUCUGCAGACGGACCUGGAAGGCCUGAACCUGGCGAAGCAGCAACUGGCCAAGGAUCAGCAGUACUUCAGGAACAAGAUCGAGGAGAUCCAAUUGAAGCUGACGUCGCCGACGCUCGAGAACAAGAAGCUGGAGGGCAAGACGUCCGAGAGGCAGGUGCAGAGUCUGAUGUUCAGAAUCGAGGACGGCAUUGUGAUACUCAAGCGGCUCAUCGCGGAGGCCGUGUUCACGUGGAACAACAAACUGUCGGAGAUCUCGGCCAAGAAGAAGGACGAGCGGCCGCGACGAUUCACCGAACGGUCCAUGACCGUCGGCAGCAACAGCAUCGUCGAGAACGACGGGUACAUAACCGAGGACACCGCGUCGGAGUCGCAGGUCGAGGACCUGAGUCCCAUGUCGGCCGACUACAAUGCCGUCGACGCGAUCGCGGCGGCGCAGAGCGACCUCCAGGCGCCCGAGCCGAUCGAGAAUUCUGACAACGAACCGACAGCGGAAUCCGCCAAUAAUCCCGACGACCCCGUCGCCACCGUUCAGGACUCGCCGAGGAUGCAUCAGAGAUCGCACUCCGACGUUCUGCCGCUGUCCUCCGACGACACUCAGGAUAAGAAGAAGAAGAAGAAGACGAUCCUGUCGCAACUGCUGCCGUCCGUUUCCGUGAACCACACGAUUACGAAUCCUUUGGGACCGUUGGAGCACUACCUGUUGCCUCUCGGGUCCGUGGUGCCCAUAGUGGUCUACGAAUCGGAGCUUUCGUCCAUAAUCGCGUACGCUCUGGAUUCGCACGACUACAAGCACGCGUUGCAGGAGCUCUUGCGCACGACGAAGGGACCGGAAUUGAACCCGAGUCCGCUGAGCAAACGCAAGUUUCCCGAAGGUAGGGACAGCUCCCUCGACCUGGCGCAAUCGAGCGAGUUCAAGCGGCCGUCCGUGCUGUCGUUUUUCCGAGGCAACAGUCCCAAUUCAGCCAGCAGUCCCAUCGAAUCCGACAAGAAUGUGUCAAGCGCGGAAACGAGCGGUGGUGGUGGUGGUGGUGUUCGCCGCGCUGAGGGAGAACGUCCUGCCCGGCGGCGAGGACGGCUUCACGAGAAGCCUGAGUCGAACCGUGCAGUGGACAGCCAGAGGCGGAAAGAGCGGCAGUGCCUUCUGUAA